AUGGAAAUGCCUUCGGCGGCAGCUCGGGCUGGCGCGAGGCUACUAGGCGAUGUCGAAGAGGCAAAUCUAGAAGAGAUCCUGAACGCAUUUCGCACGGCACUUAGUCCUGACGCAUCGUCCAGCAAGGCAAAACACCCAAAGACGUAUCCCAUCCAUGGCCUGGGCGCCCUCGUCAACCGCAAUUUCCGUGCGACGAAGUCAGCGCCGCUAGCCAUCACUGGCCGUCACCUCCCGCUCAUCUACUCACUCGUUUCUGCGCUCGUCUCGCCGCCUCACAACAAGACAGUGCUGGUACUCGACACAGAGCACCGCUUCGAUGCAACACGUCUUAUCUGUGGUCCAGAUAAUAUCCGUCACGUCUACGUGCACCGGCCGGCCUGUUUCAGCAUUCCUGAACAACAUGGCGUCAGCAGCGCCGGCAUGGGUCCGGACCAGGCUCGGGAUCUCGUCGCGGCAGCCGAGAACUGGAUGCUCUACGGCGAUCACGCCAGCAGCAGCCGUGAGUGGUGGGGGACCAUAGUUAUCGGUGCCGUCGGUGCCGGUGACGUGACGGGCGCCUGGAAGGGCUGGCUCAGAAUCGACCGAGACACCGUACCCGGGUUUUCACUCGGCUGCAGCGCAAAGGAGGCCAUGGCAGAUCGUCAGAGGCGCCAGGAAGCCGUCGAUGCUGCACCAUGGACUGCCUCUUCGCAGUGGGGGGGUUUCACCUUUACAGAGCCCGGUGCUUCCGUUACUGCAACAUCAAUCGACUUGACCGAUGUAGCCAACUGA